AUGAUAUCCUCACAUGAGGAUACUCGGAGACUUUUAUAUUUAAACUCUGCUGUCGCUCAAAAUAACUUAUCGGCAUCGAGAACUGAUUUCACCAGAGGACAAUCCGAAUUGAUGGGAGCGGUUCAACAGCAACACAUCAGAUGUGGUGCCCUAAGCAACAGCAAACGUGCCGUCUACAGCGGCGAGACGUCACUUGUGCCAUCUACAGCGGUGUCUCGGAGGAACGCACGGGAGCGAAAAAGGGUUCGCCUCGUCAACCUGGGGUUCUCGACUCUGAGGGAACGCGUGCCGCCGGGGGCGAAGAACAAAAAGCUCAGCAAAGUUGAGACCCUCCGGGCAGCCAUCGAGUAUAUCCGGCAGUUGCAGCAGCUACUAGGGAUGUCUUCAUCAGAACGUUUCGAUGAGUCCAUGAUGAUGUCCGCCGACGAGAAUUUUGGCCACCUGGACGAUUGUUCCGUUGGAUCGUCUGAUGAAAUAGGCCCCGCAAAUGGAGGGCCCGGUCCCGGAUCUGGAGACCUGUCCCCGGCUUCGAGCCAUCCGUCGGACUAUUCGCUCGUCUCGUCGCCCUACGCCAUGCAGCACUCUCAAGAUGACCAACUGGGGGACAUAAGUAUGUGGUUCUCACAGUAG